ACGCACCAAAUGUGGUGCUUCUUAGCAGAGAGAAUUACUUAAUGCUCUUAAGGCUUAUGGAACAGAAUGAAGCUCCAAUUACAAUUGAUGAUGAAGAUUUACAAUUGAAUACAGAAGAAAUAACGACACAAGAAAGUGGACCCCAACUCAACUAUGAAGAACAUACCCAAUAUUGUACUAGUAAUUCACAAUCGAACACAGUAGAAAAAAUUACGAUUCAAGAAAGUGCAGUUCAAAAUUUGAGUUUUGAUGUAAAGGAAGACAGUGCAAAUAAAAAAUCAAAUCCUUCAGAUGAUUCAAAUGAUUCAGCUUUUGUCCAAUUGUCUAACGCUAUCGAGAAGGAUCAGAAAAAUGAAAUUAAAGGUUUGGAUUCUGUAGCCUCACCUUUAAAUCAUGAAGAAAGCGGUGUAAGAAAUGAAAUCCAAGUUUUGGAGUCUAGUAUUCAAGAACAAUCUACUAAUAAUUCGCAAUUAAAUACUACAAAAGAAAGUGGUGCACAAAAUUUAAGUUUUGAUAUAGAGGAAGACAAUACAAAUAAAAAUGCAAAUUUUUCAGAUGAUUCAGAUGCUUUUAUUUCCGUAGCCCAAUCUUUAAACCAGAAAAAAAGUGAUGGUCAAUUAUUUAAUGCUAUCGAAAAGGAUCAAAGAAAUGAGUCUCACUCUAGUGUUCAGGAUAUACUUGCAAGUUCAUCAAUUAUUAAUAGUCAAGUGCCAUCUACCCCACCGCAAAAUAUUACUAAAGGAAAUCUGUCUGAUUUAUUUAUAGAUUAUCAGGCAUUAAAACAAUCUAAUGAUUCACUUUCUACCACUACGGGUGAUACUGACUUUCUGCAUAGUAAUAACCAAGAUGAAUCAACUAAAGAAUCGCAUAAAAGUGAUUCUGAAAUUGAGAAUCAAAAGUAUGUUAAUGCUUAUCAAGGUGAAAGUAAUGAGGCUGAUGAAUGUAGUAAUCUG